AGUCUUCAGUUCGGACGCCGCACAGCCUGUGAUCUUACAGAACCUCCUCCGCACCAGUGAGUCCGCUGGGAUUAUGAAUUGUUGAGAAGCUCACCCCCGUUUUCGUCGAGAGGAUGUACGGGCGAAGCAAGGCCGCACUCUGCACCCUGGUGAUAGCAGCGCUCGUUCUGCAAAUCACUCAGGCACAGACAGGCUCGGAAGGAGAGGAACUCGUAUACGACAUUAGUGACACGCAGAAAACACAAUACUUGAACCAGAAUUUUGAUACGAGUGCUUACAAUUACGGAUAUGAGGUAUCGCCAGACGGUCAAUUUCAUCACGAAGUACACGGUCCUGAUGGCGUGACUUACGGAUGUUACGGGUACGUCAACCCGUUCGGACAAUUGACGGCAACAUUUUAUCUAAGCGACGGUUGGGGAUACCGUAUCGUACGCCCUGGUGACAAUGUGGAGCUUUUCCUUCACAAACACGAACACCACGAAAAUCACGAACACAGUGACCACGACGACGAUGGGCAGGAUCAUGAAGAUCAUCACAAUCAUGAUCACCAUGGCAUCCUGACGGCGUGGAAAGAUCUAUAUUUCCCUCCGGUUUGUGGCCAAUUUGAAGGCAUAGAUAACAGACCCACCACAUUCCCACCCGGACGGCCGACGAUACCAAACACGCCGACACAAGGUGGUAAUGGGGAAUCAUCUAAUCCCGUCGGAUUUCCUGCCAGGCCCGGCUACCCUGGCACACCCGGUACACCUGCUCAACCCGGCUACCCAGGCACACCAGGAAGACCUGGAACUCCGGGAACACCAGCUAUUCCUGCCCAACCCGGCUACCCAGGUACACCCGGAAGGCCCGGAACUCCGGGAACACCAGCAAUUCCUGCCCAACCCGGCUACCCAGGCACACCCGGAAGACCCGGAACUCCAGGAACACCAGCGAUACCGGCCCAACCCGGCUACCCAGGUACACCCGGAAGGCCCGGUACUCCUGGUACUCCGGCAAUCCCAGCUCAGCCCGGCUACCCAGGCACACCCGGAAGGCCCGGAACUCCAGGAACACCAGCGAUACCGGCCCAACCCGGCUACCCAGGUACACCCGGAAGGCCCGGAACUCCGGGAACACCAGCAAUUCCUGCCCAACCCGGCUACCCAGGCACACCCGGAAGGCCCGGUACUCCUGGUACUCCGGCAAUCCCAGCUCAGCCCGGCUACCCAGGCACACCCGGAAGGCCCGGAACUCCAGGAACACCCGCGAUUCCGGCUCAACCCGGCUACCCAGGAACACCCGGAAGGCCCGGUACUCCUGGUACUCCGGCAAUCCCAGCUCAGCCCGGCUACCCAGGCACACCCGGAAGGCCCGGAACUCCGGGAACACCAGCAAUUCCUGCCCAACCCGGCUACCCAGGCACACCCGGAAGGCCCGGUACUCCUGGUACUCCGGCAAUCCCAGCUCAGCCCGGCUACCCAGGCACACCCGGAAGGCCCGGAACUCCAGGAACACCCGCGAUUCCGGCUCAACCCGGCUACCCAGGAACACCCGGAAGGCCCGGUACUCCUGGUACUCCGGCAAUCCCAGCUCAGCCCGGCUACCCAGGCACACCCGGAAGGCCCGGAACUCCGGGAACACCAGCAAUUCCUGCCCAACCCGGCUACCCAGGCACACCCGGAAGGCCCGGUACUCCUGGUACUCCGGCAAUCCCAGCUCAGCCCGGCUACCCAGGCACACCCGGAAGGCCCGGUACUCCUGGUACUCCGGCAAUCCCAGCUCAGCCCGGCUACCCAGGCACACCCGGAAGGCCCGGAACUCCAGGAACACCCGCGAUUCCGGCUCAACCCGGCUACCCAGGCACACCAGGAAGACCUGGAACUCCAGGAACACCCGCGAUUCCAGCUCAACCCGGCUACCCAGGCACACCCGGAAGGCCCGGAACUCCGGGAACACCAGCAAUUCCUGCCCAGCCCGGCUACCCAGGAACACCCGGAAGGCCCGGUACUCCUGGUACUCCGGCAAUCCCAGCUCAGCCCGGCUACCCAGGCACACCCGGAAGGCCCGGAACUCCGGGAACACCAGCAAUUCCUGCCCAGCCCGGCUACCCAGGAACACCCGGAAGGCCCGGUACUCCUGGUACUCCGGCAAUCCCAGCUCAGCCCGGCUACCCAGGCACACCCGGAAGGCCCGGAACUCCGGGAACACCAGCAAUUCCUGCCCAACCCGGCUACCCAGGCACACCCGGAAGGCCCGGUACUCCUGGUACUCCGGCAAUCCCAGCUCAGCCCGGCUACCCAGGCACACCCGGAAGGCCCGGUACUCCUGGUACUCCGGCAAUCCCAGCUCAGCCCGGCUACCCAGGCACACCCGGAAGGCCCGGAACUCCAGGAACACCCGCGAUUCCGGCUCAACCCGGCUACCCAGGCACACCAGGAAGACCUGGAACUCCAGGAACACCCGCGAUUCCAGCUCAACCCGGCUACCCAGGCACACCCGGAAGGCCCGGAACUCCGGGAACACCAGCAAUUCCUGCCCAACCCGGCUACCCAGGAACACCCGGAAGGCCCGGAACUCCAGGAACACCCGCGAUUCCAGCUCAACCUGGCUACCCAGGCACACCCGGAAGGCCCGGAACUCCGGGAACACCAGCAAUUCCUGCCCAGCCCGGCUACCCAGGAACACCCGGAAGGCCCGGUACUCCUGGUACUCCGGCAAUCCCAGCUCAGCCCGGCUACCCAGGAACACCCGGAAGGCCCGGAACUCCAGGAACCCCCGCGAUUCCGGCUCAACCCGGCUACCCAGGCACACCCGGAAGGCCCGGAACUCCGGGAACACCAGCAAUUCCCGCCCAGCCCGGCUACCCAGGAACACCCGAAAGGCCCGGUACUCCUGGUACUCCGGCAAUCCCAGCUCAGCCCGGCUACCCAGGCACACCCGGAAGGCCCGGAACUCCGGGAACACCAGCAAUUCCUGCCCAACCCGGCUACCCAGGAACACCCGGAAGGCCCGGUAUUCCUGGUACUCCGGCAAUCCCAGCUCAGCCCGGCUACCCAGGCACACCCGGAAGGCCCGGAACUCCGGGAACACCAGCAAUUCCUGCCCAGCCCGGCUACCCAGGAACACCCGGAAGGCCCGGUACUCCUGGUACUCCGGCAAUCCCAGCUCAGCCCGGCUACCCAGGCACACCCGGAAGGCCCGGAACUCCGGGAACACCAGCAAUUCCUGCCCAGCCCGGCUACCCAGGAACACCCGGAAGGCCCGGUACUCCUGGUACUCCGGCAAUCCCAGCUCAGCCCGGCUACCCAGGCACACCCGGAAGGCCCGGAACUCCGGGAACACCAGCAAUUCCUGCCCAACCCGGCUACCCAGGCACACCCGGAAGGCCCGGUACUCCUGGUACUCCGGCAAUCCCAGCUCAGCCCGGCUACCCAGGCACACCCGGAAGGCCCGGUACUCCUGGUACUCCGGCAAUCCCAGCUCAGCCCGGCUACCCAGGCACACCCGGAAGGCCCGGAACUCCAGGAACACCCGCGAUUCCGGCUCAACCCGGCUACCCAGGCACACCAGGAAGACCUGGAACUCCAGGAACACCCGCGAUUCCAGCUCAACCCGGCUACCCAGGCACACCCGGAAGGCCCGGAACUCCGGGAACACCAGCAAUUCCUGCCCAACCCGGCUACCCAGGAACACCCGGAAGGCCCGGAACUCCAGGAACACCCGCGAUUCCAGCUCAACCUGGCUACCCAGGCACACCCGGAAGGCCCGGAACUCCGGGAACACCAGCAAUUCCUGCCCAGCCCGGCUACCCAGGAACACCCGGAAGGCCCGGUACUCCUGGUACUCCGGCAAUCCCAGCUCAGCCCGGCUACCCAGGAACACCCGGAAGGCCCGGAACUCCAGGAACCCCCGCGAUUCCGGCUCAACCCGGCUACCCAGGCACACCCGGAAGGCCCGGAACUCCGGGAACACCAGCAAUUCCCGCCCAGCCCGGCUACCCAGGAACACCCGAAAGGCCCGGUACUCCUGGUACUCCGGCAAUCCCAGCUCAGCCCGGCUACCCAGGCACACCCGGAAGGCCCGGAACUCCGGGAACACCAGCAAUUCCUGCCCAACCCGGCUACCCAGGAACACCCGGAAGGCCCGGUAUUCCUGGUACUCCGGCAAUCCCAGCUCAGCCCGGCUACCCAGGCACACCCGGAAGGCCCGGAACUCCGGGAACACCAGCAAUUCCUGCCCAACCCGGCUACCCAGGAACACCCGGAAGGCCCGGAACUCCAGGAACACCCGCGAUUCCAGCUCAACCUGGCUACCCAGGCACACCCGGAAGGCCCGGAACUCCGGGAACACCAGCAAUUCCUGCCCAACCCGGCUACCCAGGAACACCCGGAAGGCCCGGUACUCCUGGUACUCCGGCAAUCCCAGCUCAGCCCGGCUACCCAGGCACACCCGGAAGGCCCGGAACUCCGGGAACACCAGCAAUUCCUGCCCAACCCGGCUACCCAGGAACACCCGGAAGGCCCGGUACUCCUGGUACUCCGGCAAUCCCAGCUCAGCCCGGCUACCCAGGAACACCCGGAAGGCCCGGAACUCCAGGAACCCCCGCGAUUCCGGCUCAACCCGGCUACCCAGGCACACCCGGAAGGCCCGGAACUCCGGGAACACCAGCAAUUCCUGCCCAGCCCGGCUACCCAGGAACACCCGGAAGGCCCGGUACUCCUGGUACUCCGGCAAUCCCAGCUCAGCCCGGCUACCCAGGCACACCCGGAAGGCCCGGAACUCCGGGAACACCAGCAAUUCCUGCCCAACCCGGCUACCCAGGAACACCCGGAAGGCCCGGUACUCCUGGUACUCCGGCAAUCCCAGCUCAGCCCGGCUACCCAGGCACACCCGGAAGGCCCGGAACUCCGGGAACACCAGCAACUCCUGCCCAACCCGGCUACCCAGGAACACCCGGAAGGCCCGGAACUCCAGGAACACCCGCGAUUCCAGCUCAACCUGGCUACCCAGGCACACCCGGAAGGCCCGGAACUCCGGGAACACCAGCAAUUCCUGCCCAACCCGGCUACCCAGGAACACCCGGAAGGCCCGGUACUCCUGGUACUCCGGCAAUCCCAGCUCAGCCCGGCUACCCAGGCACACCCGGAAGGCCCGGAACUCCGGGAACACCAGCAAUUCCUGCCCAACCCGGCUACCCAGGAACACCCGGAAGGCCCGGUACUCCUGGUACUCCGGCAAUCCCAGCUCAACCUGGUUACCCCGGCACACCCGGAAGGCCCGGAACUCCUGGUACUCCAGCAAUUCCAGCUCAACCUGGUUACCCCGGCACACCCGGUACACCCGGUACUCCUGGUACUCCGGCAAUUCCAGCUCAACCCGGCUAUCCAGGCACACCUGGAAGGCCCGGAACUCCGGGAACACCAGCGAUUCCAGCUCAACCCGGUUACCCCGGCACGCCCGGUAUACCCGGUACUCCUGGUACUCCGGCAAUUCCUGCCCAACCCGGAUACCCAGGCACACCCGGAAGGCCCGGUACUCCUGGUACUCCGGCAAUCCCAGCUCAACCUGGUUACCCCGGUACACCCGGAAGGCCCGGAACUCCUGGUACUCCAGCAAUUCCAGCUCAACCUGGUUACCCCGGCACACCCGGAAGACCCGGAAUUCCGGGAACACCAGCGAUUCCGGCUCAACCUGGUUACCCCGGCACACCCGGUACACCCGGUACUCCUGGUACUCCAGCGAUUCCGGCUCAACCUGGUUACCCAGGCACGCCCGGAAGGCCUGGUACUCCUGGUACUCCGGCAAUCCCAGCUCAACCCGGUUACCCCGGCACACCCGGUAGACCCGGCACUCCUGGUACUCCAGCAAUUCCAGCUCAACCUGGUUACCCAGGCACGCCCGGAAGGCCUGGUACUCCUGGUACUCCGGCAAUCCCAGCUCAACCUGGCUACCCCGGCACACCUGGAAGGCCCGGAACUCCGGGAACACCAGCGAUACCAGCCCAACCUGGUUACCCCGGCACCCCCGGUCGACCCGGCACUCCUGGUACCCCAGCAAUUCCAGCUCAACCUGGUUACCCAGGCACGCCCGGAAGGCCUGGUACUCCUGGUACUCCGGCAAUCCCAGCUCAACCCGGUUACCCCGGCACACCCGGUAGACCCGGCACUCCUGGUACUCCAGCAAUUCCAGCUCAACCUGGUUACCCAGGCACGCCCGGAAGGCCUGGUACUCCUGGUACUCCGGCAAUCCCAGCUCAACCUGGCUACCCCGGCACACCUGGAAGGCCCGGAACUCCGGGAACACCAGCGAUACCAGCCCAACCUGGUUACCCCGGCACCCCCGGUCGACCCGGCACUCCUGGUACCCCAGCAAUUCCAGCUCAACCUGGUUACCCAGGCACGCCCGGAAGGCCCGGAACUCCAGGAACACCAGCAAUUCCAGCUCAACCUGGUUACCCCGGCACACCCGGUAGACCCGGCACUCCUGGUACUCCAGCAAUUCCAGCCCAACCUGGUUACCCUGGCACACCCGGAAGGCCCGGAACUCCGGGAACACCAGCAAUUCCAGCUCAACCUGGCUACCCCGGCACACCCGGUAGACCCGGUACUCCUGGUACUCCGGCAAUUCCAGCUCAACCCGGGUACCCCGGCACCCCCGGAAGGCCCGGAACUCCGGGAACACCAGCGAUUCCAGCUCAACCUGGCUACCCCGGCACACCCGGUAGACCCGGUACUCCUGGUACUCCGGCAAUUCCAGCUCAACCCGGGUACCCCGGUUAUCCUGGUUACCCUGGCUAUCCUGGUUAUCCCGGCUAUCCACAGCCCGGUUAUCCCGGUUACCCCGGUUAUCCUGGCUAUCCAGAGCCAGGUACACAACCAGAACCUGGGUAUCCUGGGUAUCCUGGUUACCCUGGGGCACCAGACGGUCCGAUUGGCGGAAUAGGGCCUGGAGGACCUGAAGGCGGUAUUGGCGGCGACGGUGGUGUUGGGGGUGACGGUGGUGUUGGCGGCGAAGGUGGCGUCGGGCCCGACGGUCCCGAUGGUCCUUGGCCAACUGGUCCCCCAGGACCAGACGGUCCAUGGCCUGGUGAUCCAGACUAUGUUCCUCGAGCGAAACCUACGGCGCGUCCAUCGUAUUUUAACAAACAGAGCACACCAUACACUCCAAUCACGGCCGGAUCUUUUAUUGAACCGAAAUUCCCGGGUUACAAAAAACUCACAACUGAUUCCAUAUUCAAUUCUUCAACUGAGCAGUUUAGCCACACAAAUGGGAACUCUGAAGGUACAAAGAAAACAACCAGUAUAAGCCAAGGCUUGAUCGAAAAAUUUAAGCAAUCAAAUCAAUUGCCAGAACUAGGCCAUACCAAACCUCAGGGGCAACCUGACAAAGGUCAAUUUAAUUAUGCCAAACAAAGCUCCAACGAGCUCAUCAGUAACUUUGAGAAAACCAAUAAUUUACAGACGCAGCAGGUCAAACCAGGAUUCCAAAUUCCGCCGAACAGAGUCAAUGAAGGUAGACCAGUUGGUCGUCCAGUGCAGCCUGAAUUAUCUGGGAAUCCAGUGAACGGGCAAUUCAUACAGCAUCAAGACAGCCGUGUACAACUCAACGAAUAUCAAAUAGCCGACGGCAACAUAGAGACAAACGGUAAACCCGGUACAUCUAAACCAGAAGCUUAUCAAUUUGACUUUCGGCGGAAGCAAGGCCUGUACUCUGAAAAAAAUAAUUAUGAGACAAACAAACAGUUUGAACAGAAACAGAUUGACACACUCUUUACGAAGCCCAUAGGUCAACCAGAUAAAGAGCAAACUGAACUAGCUCCCAUUUCUGGUAGACCAGGCAAAAAAAUGAAGCUUGACAAACUUGAACAGCUCCAAACAUCUGACAAAACAAAUCCUGAUACUCAAUCGAUCCAGCCAGCUGCUCCCACAUCCUCAACGCCGUUUGAGCGAGAUCCUACUAUCGGAGCCAUCGGCGUGCAACCGCCCCGCUCUCAACAAAGUAAACCAGUUUCACUCUCCAUAGGACCAGAUCCACAAGCCUGCCCUUGCUAUCUAGUCGAACCUAAUACAACUUCGUCAUUGACGACGACUAGCACUACGCCAACUCCUCUAAUCGGCCAACUAGGCUUUAUACCUGUUGUCUUCGUCCCAUUCUGUCCUGGUGAAAAAGCAGACAGCGAAAAAAUGAAGUCAAUAUUUCCGACUGCCGUCCCAGUUCCGUAUCCUUGUGACAUAUGUGGUCCGCAUGAGGCAAAGAUAACGACACAGUACCUUGACUUGAAUCAGCUUGGUAGUCUCGAGCAUCUAAAAGAGGCUCUGAACCAGACGAAACUUGGACUCUUGAAUAUCCCUAUCGACAGGCGCAUUCUCAGACGAAAGGUUAAGAGAAGGAAAAUAGAAUGAUAAUUUAAACUAGAAGGUAUUGUUUUUCUUUUUGUACAACAUGAAGUAGAGUUCAUUGAGUAAAUAAAUCAAAGGCUGGUUGACGUGGAAAUGGUAAGAGUGCCCGUCCGUUAGCUGCAGGACAGCUGAUGAAUGGCCAAGUAGAGGUUUUUGGUGCCGGGGCUAUUUUCUUUAUCUGACUAUCGGAGCAAGGAUUUACGUGCCUUUCAGCUCACCAUUUCUCCGUAAAUCAACGCCUAAAAUUAACGUUCUUCGUGAGGACCAUGUUGUAUUCUUCAAAGUAAGUUAGUGCUUACCAUUUGACCAUGUAAAAUAAACGAAUUAGCUAUCUCUGCUGCACCCCGUAUAUAAUGGACGUCAGAUCGUUAAGUAAUUUUAUAAUACCAUUUAUCCAAUAUUAAUGUAUGUAUGUAUAUCGCGUUCCUGAACGUGAGGACGAAUGAGAAACGUUUAUAAAUAAAUGAUACAUUUUUUGAAUGCACAA